GUCAAAAGCCGCCUUCCCAGACUGCACCGCUUACAUUACUGAAAUUACGCGCUACAAACUUUGGGGGUGAGAACGAUGCGGGAAGCGUUCCACGAAUUUUGCUGUUUUUUUCGUCAAUCGAAGGACUAGAGCGUGGACUCUCGCGCGCCCCAGGAGGUAUCGCGCGAUUCUCGAAGAGUAUCUCGCCGAGCCGAGGAUUCUCUACGCAGGUUUUCACAUUUUUUUUGCAGCGCCGUACGGGAACCAGUUGCUGCUGCUCGGGAAACGAAAACGCGGGUGAAAGAUCUGACAGUUUUUGCGCCACGCGGCGCCCUUUCUCGCCCGGAAAUGUGCGGUAUCAACGACGAGGCGAGCCUCGACGCGCCGCGUCGUCCCCGAGACCUAGAGCUCUUCCGCGCACAUCAACGGGAUGGUGUAACCUCCAAUGUUGUCGGAUGCGGCUGACUACGUCUCCUCCGCCUCCUUCUGCUUCUGACACGAAGAAACAAUUCAGACUGAGAUUCGCACGCGGAGGUGUUGCUCCACGUCGAACGUGACGUAUUCUUCGACCUGGUGAACUUUAACUCGUCCGCGUGAAAAUCCUUCGUCGUCUCCUUUUAUUUCUUCGUCUCGCCUGUAAUAUACUCGCCUGAAUUUCUAGGAUUUUUCUAUGAACUGAUUCUUGUGAUUUAAUUGAAUUUCUUCGACGACAAGCAAAUAUGAAUACAUUGAGCACCGCGAGUGGCGGUGGCGACAAACGUCUGCCGGAAACGACUGUGCAAACUGUGGCGCAGAACUUGACUACGAUGCAGAAUGUACAGAGUGUACAGCCAAAUGUGCAGAGUGUGGUUCAGAGUGGUAUACAAAACAUUCAGCCGAUUCAGACUAUUGUUGGAUCGGUGGGAACACCAGGUACUUUAGUGGGCAAAUCAGUAUCCCUGGAUAUGAAUCCGAAGCUUUCCUUAAUGAAGCCUGUGACACCCUCGGGGGCUCCCUCGUCUGUAGAAACCAAUAAAAUAACUACGUUAUGUUCUAUAGGACCUACGGUGAAAAUAAUAUCACCAGGAAUGUUAAAUACUGUGGACAGGCAAAACCAACCGCAGACACAGCCAAUGACACAACAAACAGUCAAUAUGCCAGCCACAUACCAUGUACCGCGAGGACCUGCAGCGGUUGCUAAUAUCUCUGCACCUAGAUCAACAGUUGCAACUCCUAUCGUCAGAGCAAAUACAGGACAAACUGUGCCUACUACUAGACCAGGUAAUACACCAAUCUCCAAUCCCCAAUGGCAACCUAAAACAUCUGUCGUAUACGCGCAAAGUGUACCUCAAAGGCUUCCUGCACCUCCGGUCGGUAGAGUCUCCAGACCAUCAUCUGCCAUAUAUACGGGACAACAAACACGACUAAUCACACCAACCAGUCAGGGAAGAUCUGUUCAAGCCAUGGUCACUGGUAGUCCGUCCAGAUUAAUAGCGCCCAUCUUGCAAACGAAUAAUAUUACCAGACUUCCAGUUGCACAAAGCAGACCACCGACGCCACAAGUAGUAACUGUAUCGCAAACUUCGCAACCCGGAAGAUCAUCAACGCAAACCAUUCAACCUAGCCAAUCCAGCAGACCUCUGACAACAUCAGGUACUACAAAGCGUAUAACUAUACCGGCGCCUAUAGAUACGGCGAACAGAAUCAGCAGCACGACUUCAGUCACUAUCGGUGCGGUGGAAACACCAGGACGACAAUUGUCGAUUAACACAGUAGCUGGACCAUCAACCGGUGCUGUUAGUCAUAUCGUUAUUCCUUCGCAACAAGUUAGUCAUAUUCAACAACAACAAAGUGGACCACGAGUCGUCCAAACUGUCGUCACAUCCCUGUCGAGCUUUAGUACAAUGUCACAAGUGAUCACGACAACCGCGAAUACGCAGUCGAACACAAUGCGAAUACUGCAAACUGUCCCAACGACGGUUGCAAAAAUUACAGGGAUGUCUUUGCAUCCUUUGCCCAUAGUACCCGUAAGGGCUGCACCGGCGCCAGUCAAAGCCACUGUUGCACAGCCACAGAACAUCGGACAAACCGUCCAGAUUAAGCCAGCGCAACCGACUAGCUUACGCGUAUCGUCUACCAACAGUGGCACGACUACCAGUUCCGCACAACCAGUUCAAGGACAAUAUAUAACUCCACCGCAUACCACUACAUAUUAUUCCUUUGAGACUGGAGGAACUUAUUCGCCAUUUCGACAGGGUUCAGUGCAGCCAGUACGAUUAGUCGUUGAACCAGGAUAUGAGGAACCUCACGCGGGUAAACCUAAUGCAUCUCCCAGACCAAGCAUCCUGAGAAAGAGAGAUCAUGACAAUUCACCAGUUAAAGGUGCGGCUAAAAAUUUAAAUCCUGUACUAGCAUCUCUACCAUCAAGUAGAUCGAUCAGUCCACCAUUGUCGCCGAAAGGAGAUCUAGAUGGUGGUGGAUGCCAAAGUUCCGGAUCUACGACCGUAUCUGCUACAUCUUCACCUGGUCUUGACGAGGAACCCGAGCAAUCAAGAAUUACUAUCAAUCCUAUUGUAGAAAUGUCACCGAGAAAAAAGCCUCGCAAACAACAACUUACAGGUGUAGAAUUAACUGAACCUAGAUGUACAGAGGAAGAGAUGCAAUUUAUUACAGAGGAAAAAAUGAAAAAAGAUAAUAAAGAAGAAUCAAGAGAAAAGUUAUCUGACAAGAGACAAGUCUCCAGUGUCCAAAGUGACAUCAAAUCAUCUAAUCAACAAAUGGAACACACAAUACGGACACGGCCUGUUCCAAGCUUGAUAGGUUCUUCUUGGAAAAACAAAUGGAGUGUUAGACUACAUCAUUAUAGAAGACCUAGUGAUGUUCGACCUCGCGAAGAGAGAAGACCUACAGUUGCUGAACUGGCACAGCAGAAACAUGUAUUACAGAAACUUAAUGGGUGGAAAGUUUAUCAUCUUACUACGCAAAUGGAAGACAUUGCAGAUCUUGAAAAACAGGUACAUGAAAAGUUAAAAACUACCUUAAUGCUACUGGAAUCACAGCAAACUGUUAAAAGCAGACACAAUGACGGGCUGGAGCGUGUAAAUGAAUUGAUUAAAGGAAACAUGCAGCGCAGUAGUUUAAUUAGCGAAGGAAUGAACGAAGCACGCACGCAGCUUGUCACCAUAUUUCAACAUAAGGGUCCUAUCACUGAUCUUUUACAACGCUGUGGUAAUAAACGGGCUCAGAAAAAAAGGGAUAAAUAAGCUGUUAUAUAUCGAAUAUGGAAGAUGUUUAUAAACUUUCUGAAAGAAAAAAGUUCAAAAGAAAUCUAUUUUUAUCUGUGUCAGAUUCUAGAUAUAUAUAUAUAUAGGAAUAUAAAUAAAUGAUUUUAUAAGUCUCGAAGACACAUGACUUUCACUAUGGAUAACAAUAUGUUUAUAAUUUUAUUAUAUAAAUAUGUUUUUAUUUUAAUAUAAUGCUUCUUACUCCUCUUGCCAAA